AUGAACGCAGCUAUCACUCUCCCAUCCUCGUCAUCAGUGUCGUCUUUCUCGACACCAUCCAAACCGCGCCCCGUUUCUAUCGACACGCGCGCGCCGCGGCCGCUGCACCUUCCUCUCGUCGCCAACGGCAACAGCACCAUCAGCAGCACGCACGAUGACAUACAACUGUCUUCGAAUGCUCGCGUACCGAUGACAGCGCCGCUCGCGUCCGCCCCCGCGUUUUCUACCUCCCCCACCGCCGUGUCCGCCUCGCCUUCUGCUUCCGCCUCAGCCUCGGCCUCGGCAUGUGCGUCCGACGCGGACGCAGACGCGACCGCGCAGAUCAAGGCUGCGCGCCGCCAGUCGUCGAUAUCGUAUCUCCCGCCAGACAGCGCAAGGCAUUGGCGUGUACGCUCGCCGACGACGCCGCUGUCGGCGGUGUCAUCGAUGGGAGGAAUGAAUCAGCGGUUGGAGCAAGGGCUAGGGAGGAGCGUGUCGUUGUCGGCGCGCGGGGAACGGGGGGCUGGUGUAAGAGAGCAGGAGAGGGAACGCGAGAGAGAAAGGGAGAGGGAGAGGGCGGCGAGGCGCGCGUCGGGGUCUGCGUUCGGAGCAGAAAAGGGCUCGUCGGAGAGGGUCGUGUUGACAUUGGCGGAAAAGCACGCCGACCUCCUCCACUUUAUUGCACAGAAAGAAUCCAAAUGUCUCGAGCUCCGCUCACAGCUCGUCGCACACGAAUCAGAGCUCCUUCAGCUGAAGCAGAAGUGGGAGCGCAUCGUGCACCGCGAGUUUGGGCGCACAGUUGGGACGUACUCACCCGCACCGCCGCAGAUUACUGCACAGGGUGCGUCUUCAAUGACAGCUGAAUCUGCGGGGUUGGGGAUGGCGCAUGCAAGCAACGGAGCAGUGCUGGAUGGGAUUGUGGAGGGCGUACAAGGCGUCGGCAGGCUGCUUGCUGCGGGACUGAGCACAGCUGGCACCAUCCCCGUCUCGCCGUCUCCGUCUUCUUCCUCGUCAGCCUCUGCACACGCACGCACGCCCUCACUUGCCGCGCGUCCCUCUCCGUUCGCAAAACGCGGGAGCGGGCAUGGCGGGCACGCGGCGCACGGCUCGAUGUCCUCGACUUCAACCUCUGCCUAUGCGACGACCAGCAGCACGCGCCUCUCGCAGUCUUCGUCAUCUUCGUUGGGCGAAGACGUGGCUCCCCCGCGGUCGGCGGCGGCGCCAAAGGCUGCGGACGGCGUCGACGACGGUGUGCAGGAGCUCAUCGUGCGCGACACAGGCGCGACGCCCACCAUGAGCCCGAACCCCGCGUUCUUGCGGCGCCACCCGCCUCCUCCGCUUCACCCGUCGCACUCACAGCCUGCGUCGCCUGCGUCGCGGCCAAACUUGGACAGUACGACAAGCUCGCGGAUUCUGCGCCGCCGCUCGCGCGAAGUCCCGCUCGUCCCGCUCGACUCGGACAACGAUGACGACGCUGCGGCUGGGGCGGGGGCAGAUGCGAAGCAGGCGCUGCAGUGUCAGGACUCGGCGAGUGUGAAACAGACGCAGGCGCGCAAGCGCAUGAGCGGCGGUCGGUUGCCGCCGGCGUCUUCUAUGCCGGGUGCAGGCCUCGGCUCGGGGUUGGCUUGGGUGGGCACGGUCGGAAAGAAGAUCGAAGAGUUGCAGGUCGGACAGACCAUCUCGAAGAGCCAAAAACGCGCUUCUUGGCUGCUCGCGGACGUCUCGCAGUCGUUCCUCGCCGCCCUGUCCUCGCCCACAAUACCCACCGCACAUCAUGCAUCCCCCGCGCCUGUGACUCGGCCGCCUCUGCCCCUUUCACGGUCCGCGUCUCUCUUAGACGACGACGACGACGACGAAUUUGGCGCAUCUUCGGGCGCCGGCAAAGGCCUCGGUCUCGGUGUCGUGCUAACGCCCGACUCGCCCGUGCCGAAGACGCCUUCCCUACUCAAGCAGCACACAACAACAGCUACAAGGAAAGCAUCAGCAACGACAACGACAACAACACCCAAGGCGCAAAGCGGGAAAUCCAUCGUCACUGACGAUGAGGAUGAGUGGAAUUGGUAG